AUGGCUUUCCAACGUACGCGAGAGGCACCCAUGGACUUUGAGUACGAACAUGCACCCCAUUUCUCCUAUAACGUAUUUAAUUCCUACAACAACGUCGCCCAUGAUCUUGCAAAGAAGGCUGCUCAUUCUGUAGCAAGUGGUUUCUAUGUGCCUGAAUCAAGAUCGACCAAACGAGAUCCACCUGAAAUCAACCAUGUAUCAACAAAGCUGGAUGAUAUUACAUUGAACGACACUUUACCACAGGCAGCAGCAUCAUCAUCAUCACCACCACCACCUCCACCAUGUCCUUCAACACCACUAUCCCCGAUUCAAGACAUUGAACAAAAGCAAUCAUCUAGUAUGUCAUCGUCAUCUUUACCACAAACACCACCUGAUCUACCUGUGGAGGCACCUUCAACAACAUCCCCCAAUGACUUGUCACUCAUCCAAGCUCCUGCAUCACUACCACUACCACCACCACCACCACCACCUUCGCAUCAACAUCUUCAUCAGCAUAUAUACCCUUCAGCACCAUCAACACAGGAAGAGCAUCGAGAUAAUUGGAUCAUCUUGGCUACAGGAAUGUUACAUGUCGGAUGCCGGAUCGCUUUGACUACGCUGGCCGUAUUCGUUAUUGUCCAAUUUGCUGUUGCUCUUAGUCGCGAUGUUUCUCAAAGGAUGGCUAUAUAUGAAUCAGAUAUUCUUGAGGAUCAUUACCAUUGUCGGAUGGAAUAUGCAAAGAAUCGCUGUGAUCCUUCAACACGUUUACCAGCUAUGGAUGAACAAUGCCGACGGUGGCAACAAUGCCUGUAUCGCCCCAUGUGGGUAGGAAAAACAAGAGUGCUUGCAGAGACAUUGGGUGAUAUUGUCAAUGGAUUUUUUGAUACGAUAUCAUUUAAAACGAUGGUGUUUGUUUUUGGAAUUACAUUUGCAUUACUUUGGACACGGUCUACAGCAGCAGCUGCAGCUUCAAGGUCAUCAUCAUCAUCAUCUUCAGGCGCUUUAGAGAGUAGCAAAAGGAAAGAGAUUGGUUGGAAUACGCAAUAA